AUGAGCGUCUGGCCCAACGAUCCAGGAGGCAACGCCCGCUACAAAGUCGCCAUCCCUCGAGUAGCGGGCCGGCCAGCCAUUGCGAAACGUCAACGAGUGACUCGAGCCUGUGAUGCCUGUCGAGUGAUCAAGCUGAAAUGCAACGGGAAACGUCCAUCAUGUGGAUAUUGUAUCACGGUCGGCGAGCCAUGCCUCUAUUCGGCAUCAAAACGGGAAGCGCUACAAAUCGACCUUCACCGUUUGGAAGACAAAGUGCAGGACUAUGAAUCCACAUUGAGUGACAUUCUCUUGAAUUGUCCACCCACAGACCUCAAGCCAAUGUUAAAGUUGUUAUCGCAACGCCGUCCCGAACUUCUUGCCGCCUUCAGAACAUCCAAAAGCUUACCUCGAAGCUACCCUAGUCUGAAAUAUACCCUGAAUCUCGAGCGCAUGCACCUGGGUUCUCGAGGUAAUACCGCAGCGGGCCUCAUUCUGCGGCGUGAGCCCUUGAUACAAACAACGUCCAUGCAAUACUGGAGCUCAGUUGUCGAGGACGAUGUCGCCAGCCAUUUGCUUUCUUUAUACUUCGCGUGGGAGAACCCCACUUGGCAUAUAGUCGACCAAGAGCUAUUUUUGCAUGAUUUGGAGACUCGAUCAACGCGAUUUUGCUCCCCUUUACUGGCACAUAUUAUGAUGCUCUAUGGCUGUAGCCUUUCAUAUUCCAUGCAUUCAUUCACGGAUCGACGACAGGAGAAGGUUCUAAGUCAGAAGCUCUAUGAAGAAAUAUUGCGACUUUGGGAACUCGAGAAGGAAAGACUCGAUGUGCCAACGCUUCAGUCGGGGAUUUUGCUAGGCCUUCUAUGCUGUACGUUCGGAACCGAUCGGGUGGGUAUGGAACUCGUCAUGCGAGGCGCAUCCCUCUAUUACCGCUUGGGUCUGCAUGAGGAAGGGGCCCCUUACUACGACUGCAUCAACCUUGAUCUCAAAGUCAGCAUGGCAAGAGCCCAGAAAUUGGUUUCGUGGGGGAUCUUCGACGUGCAAGCACUAUGCACUCAAGUAUACAGAAAGCCCAGCGCAUGGCCAAAGCCGCCUUCAAUGGGGUUCUCACCAGACGAAGCGAUGGCAUUGGAUGAGCAGCUCACAUGGAGUCCCUAUCCUUUCCAAAGUCCGAUCUUUGCCGCACAAACGUACAUGAUCACUCGUCUCCGCUGCGGGCUGGCGACAUUGGUCAACCAAGUCUCGAUCCUUGCGCUUAGUCUGGAAGACUCUCAACCGACUAAAGCCACGUGGAUUCAAGCUUGUGAAAUCCAUCGAAACCUUCGACAGUGGGAGCGCGAUCUUCCGGCUGAAUUUUUGCUGGCGCGAAAUAGCACUCCCCAUGCCUUGUGUCUCAGAAUGACCUAUCAAUGUACCAUGAUAUCUCUGUGUGAUAUCUUCGAGGGUUAUUCAAUUGAGCAGUCACAUGGAUACUCUGACUUCGACCCCGCACUCAGCAGGAAUGCAGCCAUCGAGGCACAUUGUUCUAUCCUCCUCCUAUACAAACACUUCCACGGCUGGAAGUCGGUGCCGAUUGUCAUGCUGCAUUUCUCAUGCGUUGCAGGCAUUCAUGCAAUAACAAGGAUAGGCAGUCCGGGCUGUGACGACCUGAAAUGGACCAGAGUCUUGGAAAGCAGCGUUGUGGGCCUAUGGAAUAUGGCUGUCAGUUGGGGCCGAUUAGGCAAGGCCUUCCUCAGACUCAUUGCCUUUAUGCUCAAGAGCCAGAGUAUCCGCAAAGAGCAGAUCACGAAAAACACGUCCGCGAUCAUGGAUCAGCUUGACGGCACCUACUGGACCGCGACCGACACAGCCUCUUUAGCUGCAGAUUAUGUCGUUUACUCCAUCGCUUCCAACUCUCCUGCCUCUCCUGAUGGUACAGGAAAACGACUCACUCCGCAGUCGAUCGAAGAGAUGAUUAAAGCUGCCGAGCAGUUGACGCUAUGA